AUGAACUACUCUGGUGAGCAUCCUGGAAGUCGAAACUAUUACAGCGGUUAUCGCGGCUCUUACAGGGGUAAAUCGUACCGUGGAGGCCGCGGGGGUUACAAAGGCAAUUCGAGCCGAUUCAACCAGAGUUAUCCAGACCCCGCUUCUAAUGUCACGGGCUACCGCGACAAUUACCGAGACAACUACCGCGAAGGCUACUACCAGCGAAGUGCGUACUAUCAGCGGCAAAAUAGACAACCGUACAAUGAACCCCCCUCACGCCAGCGCAAAUCUAGCGGUGCAUCACAGGGAACAGAAGCAAUGCCAGAAUCACGGCACAAAUCCGCUGGAGAUGAACCAGAAAGCACGUCCUCAUCGAUAGAACCGCCUGUUGUCGUUGCGACGUCGACGCAUAAACCACUGAGAUUCUCAGAAUGGCCUUUCGUCUAUUUGACGGGACUUGAUCAAACCAUGAUAGGAAACGAACCGGAAACUUCAAAAGUACGAGACAUUUUCCGGCAAAACGACAGCAUUGACGCUAAACUAGAGGAGCAAAAAUUGCAACUUUGGAAAAGCGAAUUGGAAUUGGGACUUCUGAGUACCCAAUGUGAAAAGGAUAUCCUGAAUGUACGAUUAACCCAGGAAAACCUGGAUGCGCUGUUGCUGAUGUGA